UGAGACAGGGUCUCACUCUGUUGCUCAGGCUGGAGUGCAGUGGCAUAAUCAUGACUCACUGCAGCCUUGAUGUCCCGGGCUCAAGCAAUCCUCCCUCCCACCUCAGCCUUCUGAGUAGCUGGGACCACAGGCAUGUGCCACCAUGCCCAGGCUGAGGCCACCAUGGAGCAGUGUGCGUGCGUGGAGAGAGAGCUGGACAAGGUCCUGCAGAAGUUCCUGACCUACGGGCAGCACUGCGAGCAGAGCCUGGAGGAGCUGCUGCACUACGUGGGCCAGCUGCGGGCUGAGCUGGCCAGUGCAGCCCUCCAGGGGACCCCUCUCUCAGCCACCCUCUCUCUGGUGAUGUCACAAUGCUGCCGGAAGAUCAAAGAUACAGUGCAGAAACUGGCUUCGGACCAUAAGGACAUUCACAGCAGUGUAUCCCGAGUGGGCAAAGCCAUUGACAGGAACUUCGACUCUGAGAUCUGUGGUGUUGUGUCAGAUGCGGUGUGGGACGCGCGGGAACAGCAGCAGCAGAUCCUGCAGAUGGCCAUCGUGGAACACCUGUACCAGCAGGGCAUGCUCAGCGUGGCCGAGGAGCUGUGCCAGGAAUCAACGCUGAACGUGGACUUGGAUUUCAAGCAGCCUUUCCUAGAGUUGAAUCGAAUCCUGGAAGCCCUGCACGAACACGACCUCGGUCCUGCGCUGGAAUGGGCCGUCUCCCACAGGCAGCGCCUGCUGGAACUCAACAGCUCCCUGGAGUUCAAGCUGCACCGACUGCACUUCAUCCGCCUCCUGGCAGGAGGCCCCGAGAAGCAGCUGGAGGCCCUCAGCUAUGCUCGGCACUUCCAGCCCUUUGCCCAGCUGCACCAGCGGGAGAUCCAGGUGAUGAUGGGCAGUCUGGUGUACCUGCGGCUGGGCUUGGAGAAGUCACCCUACUGCCACCUGCUGGACAACAGCCACUGGGCAGAGAUCUGUGAGACCUUUACCCGGGACGCCUGUUCCCUGCUGGGGCUUUCUGUGGAGUCCCCCCUUAGCGUCAGCUUUGCCUCUGGCUGUGUGGCACUGCCCGUGUUGAUGAACAUCAAGGCUGUGAUUGAGCAAAGGCAGUGCACUGGGGUCUGGAGUCACAAGGACGAGUUACCGAUUGAGAUUGAACUAGGCAUGAAGUGCUGGUACCACUCCGUGUUCGCUUGCCCCAUCCUCCGCCAGCAGACGUCAGAUUCCAACCCUCCCAUCAAGCUCAUCUGUGGCCAUGUUAUCUCCCGAGAUGCACUCAAUAAGCUCAUUAAUGGAGGAAAGCUGAAGUGUCCCUACUGUCCCAUGGAGCAGAACCCGGCAGAUGGGAAACGCAUCAUAUUCUGAUUCCUACCUGGAAGGAAUUUUGUUGAAAGGGGUUUUCACCUGUGAGCCUUGGUCUGUCUCAGUAGGGUGGUUAGCGUCAGUGGACUGUGGUUGGUUUCAGAGCACCUGGCUGAGGAGUUCCGCUGAGGGGAGGGCUGGAGCAGCCCUUUGGCAGAGACUGAGGAGGGAGAUGGACCAGCCCACACCUGGCAGCUGGCUCCAUGGCAUAAGGAAAGGGAGAUGCUGGCCUCUGUGCUCCUGCUGUCUCUUCCUGUUUUUAUUUGCCCUUGACUUAGUAGCAGCCGACAGAGUGGCAAGGCACUUGGUCUUCAGUAGUAGACAUCCUUCUACCCCUGCCCUCAGCCAAGUCUCUUGCUGCCAUGCCAAUGCUAUGUCCACCCUUGCCCCUCGGCCCAAGGGUGUCCAGCGGUGGCCCACCUCUUCCUCCCACUGUACAGCCUCAACAGUAUGUACCAUCUCCCACUGUAAAUAGUCCCAGUUAGAAUGGAAUGCCGUGGUUUUAUAACUUUGAACAAAUAUAUUCGCUGCCCUUCUCAUUUC